AAGUCGAUCAAGUCGAUCAAGUCGUGAGCAUCCUUUUCGUGGUCAUUACAAUCAAUAAAUAAGAUAUAAUUAGAAAUAAAGCCGCCAUUAUCAACUAAUAUGGCUGUACCCCCCGAGGCCGUUCUUGGAACUACUGUUGCGUUUUCCUUUAUCCUCUUCGGAAAUGCCAUCACGCAGUCAUUCAUGGGUGUUCCCGCUUUGCUAGUCGACUUCCCGCCGCCAUCGUCGCCCGAGCAUGCAGCCCGCGCGCGAUUGCUUGGUCGGCAGUGGCCCGUAUUUUGGGUUGUGGGAAAUCAAUUCUUUAGGCCGAUUAGCACGCUCGGCAUCUUUGGCUACGCCUAUACAUCAUGGGUAGCCUCUUCGCAGGGGCCGGAUGGUAGACUUGGUGACUGGCGACCGUACGCAGUAUCAGCGCUGUGCCAUCUCAUCACCGUUGUCCAUUCCGCGAUCAACAUGCAACCUAUCAACCAGAAAAUCGACGCCCUACGUGAGCCUAAGGGCAAGGUUGACCCCAAGCAGGCCGAGAGUUACGCUCGGAAAUGGAUCAAAUUCAACACCGUGCGCCUCAUCACGCCCGUCGUUGCUGGAUCGCUGGCUCUCUUCGAGUUGUUGAAACUACAUUAAAAUAUGGGCAAGGGCGCGGGUACUCUUCAGUCCCAUAACGUCUAGGAAUGGGUUGUCUUGUCGUCUUGUCUGGAUUGUUGGUCCCGGUACAUGGUCGUAUAACUUAGAAAUUUACUUACGUAGACGCUUCUCCUACACCUUCUUUUAGCCCCUAUUUCCGCCUUUGUAUCACAUGUUAUUUAAAAUGGCCGUUUCUCGGCCACGAAAGCUUGAGCGGAGAGGCAAUCGAGAAUUGUUAAGUUUGUUAAAAUUUGGUUAAAACUAUUCGGUUAAUAUUCGACACGUAGUUCCGUUUUGUAGUCCUUAAUAAUAAUUAAAUGUAAAAUCUGUAGCUUUUGCAUAGCG